AUGGUUCAAAUCAAGGCAGUUGCCCUGGCUAUUCUUUUCGCUGGCCAAGCGCUUUCCGGGCCUCUUGAUCCCCGACAGGCAUCUGUGAGCAUUGAUGCUAAAUUCAAGGCACACGGCAAAAAAUACCUUGGAACUAUUGGUGAACAGUACACUUUCAACAAGAACGCAAAAACCCCGGCUAUUAUCAAAGCCGACUUCGGUCAAUUGACACCUGAGAACAGUAUGAAGUGGGAUGCUACUGAGCCGAACAAAGGACAGUUCUCCUUCUCUGGGUCGGACUAUCUGGUCAAUUUUGCUCAAUCAAAUGGGAAGUUGAUCCGUGGCCAUACUCUAGUGUGGCACUCUCAGCUCCCAUCCUGGGUGUCUUCCAUUUCAGACAAGACCACUCUGACCAAUGUCAUGAAAAACCACAUUACAACAGUCAUGAACCGUUAUAAGGGCAAGAUCUAUGCCUGGGAUGUUGUGAAUGAAAUUUUCAACGAGGACGGUUCCCUGCGCAACAGUGUAUUUUACAAUGUUCUCGGAGAGGACUUCGUACGAAUCGCUUUUGAAACUGCUCGCGCUGUUGAUCCAAAUGCCAAGCUCUACAUCAAUGACUACAACCUGGAUUCUGCCUCCUAUUCUAAAGUGCAGGGUAUGGUCAGCCAUGUCAAGAAGUGGAUUGCUGCCGGUAUUCCAAUUGAUGGAAUUGCAAGUGCGGGAACGAAGGAGGUUGCCAUCACCGAGCUUGAUAUUGCUGGCGCAAGCUCUACCGACUAUGUGAACGUGGUCAAAGCCUGCUUGAACCAGCCAAAGUGUGUCGGAAUCACGGUUUGGGGAGUGGCUGACCCUGAUUCGUGGCGGGCCAGUUCCAAUCCUUUGCUCUUCGACAAUAACUACAAUCCCAAGGCUGCAUACAACGCUAUCGCAAACGCCCUCUAG